AUGGCCGAGCAAGGUUGGGAAGGCGAUUCUUGGUCUCCUAACACAGGCUACGACGGAUAUACACCGCAAACUGCUGGGUAUGAUCCUUCCGAAUACUGGAGAGUGGACGCUGACGUGUAUCGGAUUUUCUUGGAGUUGGCACCCAAUGCUCAAGGUGAAAGUGUGAAACUUGGUGAGCUACCGACACUUUGUCGUAACAUUGGUCGCCCGCUACGCGAUGAACACGAACAAUUCCGCUUGAUGCAGGAGCUUGAUACGACAAACUCUAUGAGUAUCUUACGACAUGACUUUGUGACGUGGUUACUCAACGAAAUUCACGCAGAGGCGCGUGCUGCAGCGCCACGUCUCGUUCCCGUGGCAUCUCCAGCGUGGGAGGAAGUGGUUCAAGAAGUAUCUGAGAUUGAUGCGGCUCUUGGUAAUAAACCCACAAAAUGUUACAACAAUACCGUCACAGGUGAGAGUCUUUGGGACCUCCCAAACUUUAUAAACUGUCUGUGGAAUCACUUGGAGACACAAGAAAAAAAUCACCAAGAACAACAAACAUCCCGUGAUGGAAUCCCAGAAUUUCUUACUGAGAACAACGAUGAUACUCACGAAAUGUUACAACAGCUCCGUGAAUUAUUCGUCAAAUAUGACGAAGAUAAAUGUGGCUAUCUAGACCCCGCAGAGUUCGAAGACUUGUGUGUACACGUCGGGCAGUCACUUAGCGGUUGUGAUGGGCUUCUAGCUCUGAUGCAACAAGUAGACCCGUAUAGCUCUCGUGUUGCUGAUCAACCUAUAGUUUCCUGGGAAGCAUUCAAGUAUUAUUGGGUCAUGAACGCACCUUAUCAACGCCGUGCUAAACUAGGCGAAGUAAAAUAUUCUUCUUGGGAACGAAUCGAGGUUCUUAACCAACGUGCAACACCAGUUGUCUAUCGUCACACAACGACGUUCCAGGAGCGAUGGAGUCAUCCAGCUAUGGAACAUCGUGUGGCCGAUCGCCUUAACCAUCUUUUUCCUAGUAGCAAGAUGGAUUGGACCCAAAAAAUCGCUCUAUUUCUCGAGAUUCAAAGGCAAGAAACACAAAAUACUAAGCAGGGGUGGAAUAGAGAAACAUGUUGGCGAGUAUUUACGCAGUUGGAGCACCCGAUGAGUCGAAAACAACACGUUAUCGCAAUAAUGAAUACCCUUCAGAAUCGAUUCGGCGUAUCGACAGCAGAAGAUGAUGUACCCAUGUCAAUAGAUGAAGAUAUCGUGCGUUCGUGGCUACAUUUUUGCACGAAGAAAGUGGAUAUGGGAGGUUGGGAGGAGGUCGUGGACUCGGAAGGCCAGACCUACUAUUACCAUGAGGUGGAUGGUAUAACGCAAUGGGAUCCACCUCAACUACAGACUCAAAUGGCUACCAUGCUAUUAAAACUUGGAGGACAAAAUCUAUCGGCUGACGAGCAGAUUGCGCGUGUUUUCCGUCAAUAUGAUGCAGACGAGAGUGGGGAGAUGACUCUGGAUGAGUUUCAACUCUUUUAUCGAGUGCUUUUGGGUCGUGGAAAUGUAUCCAUGAGUGACGCGCAGAUACGACAAGUGUUUAGUGUUCUGGACGCUAGUGGCGACGGAUCUGUAACAUUGGACGAGUUCCAGUUUUGGUGGAAAACAAAGUUACAAAUUGAAGCUAAGGAGACGACCGAAAGCGAAAUUAUCACUCGCGACCGGCGUCGUCGUGAAAUUUGCCAUGAAUUUCUCGAGAAUUCAGACGGAUUAGUGUUAGUCCCUGCAAAAGAUGAUGAUGGUACAAAAUGUUUCGAGUCGAACUUGCUACCACGUCUUGUAGCUCUGUUAGGCGAGUUCCCACUGCGCGGUUUGGUAUAUCGUCGCGCCUUGAACGAGUUAGUAACAAAUCCCAUGGACCAGCUAGUGUCUCUUGAAAACUUUCUUAACUGGUAUGAUAAGUUCGAAACUACGGAGCGAGAGAAGCUGGAGCUGCAACGAGCCAAACAACGAGCCCAAGCGAAGCUCCGUGCACAACACGAAGCACAAGCUGCUGCUCGAGAGAAACAACGUCGACGUCGUAAACAAAUGCGCACAUUAAAUGUCAUGAACGACCAAGCUGCAGCCAUUACCGAACACGAAGCAGAGCAGCAACGUGUCAAAAAGAUUUCUAUAUUGUUUAAAACAUUUGACUCGGAUAACUCCGGAGCUUUGGAUGAGAAGGAGUUGCUGCAACUCAUCAAAGCUCUUGGCCAUGAGAUGGAUACAGCACAAGUGAGUCGCAUGAUGACGGUCAUGGACUCGAGUGGAGAUGGGCGCAUUAAUUUUGAAGAAUUUCUCGCCUUCUGGAAGGCUUUCGAGCAUCGCCGUCCUGCUGCAAAUGCGGCGACGUUGCAUCAAACACGUCGUGAUGCUGUUUCUAAACCAACUGUAGAACCUGAUACACCACCGUUAAGUAAAAGUGACGCUAUGGCUUCACUAGCUGUGAGUUUAGAAAUGGUAAAAGACCGAGCGCUGAAAGUUACACUCACAGAUUUGCGUGGCUAUUUGAGUGACUGGAGAGAUGAUUUUAUGGAGAAACGUAUCGAGCAUCAAGCUGUUCAUGAUGAAGUGGAGAAGCUUAAGAAAUGGCGAGAGCUGCAUGCGUUUAUCCCGACAAAGAAGCGUGUGUAUGGUGCGAAACGAUUGGAUGUUACGUGGAUUGAACCCGAAGUUGUGGAUUGUGUAACAAUGAUUAUAUCCGACAUUGCAAUACGUAUGGAUCCACCUCUAAAACCUGAUGCUGCACAGCGAGUUCAAGCACUAUUAAGAGGUCAUUUGGCUCGAAAAUAUGUGUUUAAUCUCGUCAGUGAACGCUUCCAGAAGCAUAUCGAUCCAAACUCGAAGCUGUUCUACUUCACAGAUACCUACACAGGUAACAUUGUUCUCUCGCGACCGCUAUUUUCUGUUACCACGUCUUCAAUCGCUCCUUUGGAACGUGACGAUUGCUCUUCUAAGACCGAAAGGUAUCAAUUCGACAAGCGGUUAACAGAACGUCGUGCGAAGAAGAAUUUCUAUGAUCAAAUAUGUUUACCGUUACUAUCACAAAGGCUCGAACACCGUCCAUUGUUGGCACCAAGUGCGUUCUACAUGUACGACGUAACUUCGGUGGUACAACAGCGUAUGCUUGGUAACAUUUGGACACAUUUGCGCUCUCCAAAGCCUGAUCUGGUUCUGGUGGAACUCAUUGCUCGACGUCGUCGUCGACAACUGACGCAACGUGGGGGCGACGCAGCAGCAAACUUACCGCUUCACUAUGCUGUCCGCUGUCACUUCUCUGCUCCAGUUGUACGUGCGAUGGUCGAGGGAUACCCCGAAGCUCUUAUGGAAGCCGAUGCCUUCGGAAUGACACCUCUACAUAUAGGCUUCCGUGAACACUUAAGUAUUUCGAUAUGGGAGCGUCAAACGGUGUGUGGAGAUACCCCACUGCAUGUAGCCAUCCUCCAUCGUACAUCAAUUGGCGUGUUACAAUGGGCUUUAUCAGCUUGUAACCAAAGUAAGAAAGUAGUAACAUUGUUCAACGACCGUGGCGAGUCUGCUUUUCACGCUUGUAUCACCCAACAACGACAACCAGAACGUGGGUUUACGCCGUCACAUUCGAGAACUACAAAACAACAAUUAACUGACGUUGGUAUUGGCUGGUUGUGGCUUGUGGAUCUCUUGCUAUUGCACCACCCCGCUGCAUUAUUGACUCACCAACGUAGUAACGGAUUGUUACCAGUACAUCUCGCCAUCAAAUAUGGCUUCCCGGAAGAAAAAUUAGUGAAAAUCCUCACUCUCACAGCAGAAUUUGCUACUAAAGAUCAUGAAAAUUCACUUGUUACAGCCACAACAAUAACAGGAACUCGAACGACGUUACUGCACUAUACACUUCUUCACCAGCCACGCGCAACGCGUCUGCUCUCUCUGAUACUAACCCUCAUGCCAGCAGCUUGUAAGACGAGUUCCUUGCCGACUGGAGACCUCCCGAUCCACCUCGCAGCAGCAGCAAAUGGUCUCAGUAUAGAGAUUCUUCAUAAAUUAUGUGACGUAUACAUCGAAGGUUGUCGUGUAUACAACGAGAAACGAAACCUACCUCUUCACAUGGCGAUUAUACACGACGUCAGCGUUGAAAAGAUAAAAAUCCUGUUACAGUACUGUCAAGAGAUGAUCCUCACUGAUACCGAAGAGCGACGUGGGUUGCGUGCGUUGCUGAUGGCUGCAAGCAAAAAAAAAUCAGAUUAUCGAGUGCUGUUGACGCUACUGGAGGCUACACCAAGCAAGCUAAAGACUGACAAGAAGCUUGUGACUCCACUGUACGCACUCUCGUUACGGCGCUGCAGUCUAGAAAUCUCAAGUCACGACGUUUCUAAACGCUGUCAUGAUAGAUUCGAGAGCUUAGAGGACGAAGGACGCUAUUUCCUCGCUAUGGCCAAGGCGAAAUCCCGUAAACAACACUAUAACCCGACAGCACAAUGGACGUUUGUUAAGAUUACUCAGCUAGUCGAGCGUAACCCGUUAGACGAGGCACUUAUCCAACGUGCGUUAUAUGCGACGAAUGAAAAACUUCGAGUAAUGAACGAGACAGACGGUAACCAGGAGAGUCACCGAAAGGGUUACGGUGCAGUGGUGGACACUGUAACUCUUAACAGCGAUCUCAUGUUAGUGCGGACAGUGCAUCAAGUUAUGUUCGAAUUUCCCAGUAACCCACGACUGCAGCUACUAGGCCAGGCGGUCUUGAGUAAGCUGCUCCCGUCGGCGUACGUCCGAGCAGCGUACAAAGCCAAGAUUGACCCGUAUUGUAACUUGUAA